AUGGAGAGGCUCCUGUGCUACUCACUGAUCUUGAUCAGCUUCUGGCAGGCCUUUGCCCAGAAAGACAUGUCUAAAACGGCCUUCGUAUUUCCCAAAGAGUCAGCCAGUUCCUAUGUAUCCCUGGAUGCACAGUCAAAGAAACCACUGACAGCCUUCACUGUGUGUCUCCAUAUCUACACAGAUCUGCACACAACCCGCAGCUUCAGUAUUUUCUCUUAUGCUACCAAGAAAACCUCUAAUGACAUUCUCAUAUUUUGGAAUAAGGAUAAAGGGUUUACUUUUGGAGUGGGUGGGCCUGAAAUAGUGUUCAAGGCUUCUGAAAUUCCUGAAGCUCCUACACACAUCUGUGCCAGCUGGGAGUCUGCUACGGGGCUUGUAGAAUUCUGGGUUGAUGGGAAACCCAAGGUGCGGAAAAGUCUGCAAAAGGGCUACACUGUGGCGUCAGAUGCAAGCAUCAUUCUGGGGCAAGAGCAGGACUCAUAUGGUGGUAGUUUUGAUAUAAACCAGUCUUUUGUGGGAGAAAUUGGAGAUGUGAACAUGUGGGACACUGUGCUAUCUCCAGAACAGAUCAAUACAGUGUAUGUUGGCGGGACACUCAGCCCCAAUGUUUUGAACUGGCAGACACUGAAGUAUGCAGUACAGGGUGAUGUGUUUAUCAGGUCCCAGCUGUGGCCCUGACCUACUGUUGUGAGUCAUGAGACACCUCCUGGGAUUACAUUCUCUCCCUUGUCUCCGGUUAUAGACCUUUUAACACCGACAGAUGCUGCAGCUCUAGUCUGUGAAUAUGGCCCUUCCACCUCCGUGCUCUGCCUUCCUCGGCACCGGGGCAUGGCAUUGAAGUG